GUGGGAACAUGGCAGCCACCAGAAUGGCAGCAUUGUGCAAGAAAACAUGCUAAAGCUACGUGAGUAGGACUGAUACAUAUUCCUAUCUAUCUCCCCCAAGGACAGCAUGGUUCCCCACUUUUUUUAAAGAGAGUUGAUGAUCGAACAGGGGAAACUGGUGAACUAGUUACAUCACAGAUUUUAAGUAACAAGAACUUGCUGCCUUCCAUAACCAUGAAGGUUUUUUGUGGACGUGUAAACCCCACCACUGGGUCUAUGGACUGGCUGGAGGAGGAUGAAGAUUAUGAUUACCACCAGGAAAUUGCCAGAUCAUCAUAUGCCGAUAUGCUGCAUGACAAGGACAGGAACGAAAAGUAUUACCAAGGAAUUCGAGCAGCUGUUGGCAGGGUAAAAGAGCGGGGGCACGAGGCUGUGGUUCUGGACAUUGGAACAGGCACUGGACUUCUAUCAAUGAUGGCAGUCACCGCUGGGGCUGACUUCUGCUAUGCAAUUGAGGUUUUUAAACCAAUGGCAAAUGCUGCAAUAAGGAUUGUUGAAGCAAACGGCUUCAGUGAGAAGAUCAAAAUUAUCAACAAGCAUUCCACAGAGGUUACAGUAGGACCUGAUGGAGACAUGGAAAGACGCGCUAACAUCCUGAUCACUGAGUUGUUUGACACAGAGCUGAUUGGAGAGGGAGCUCUUCCCAGCUACGAACAUGCACAGCUCAACCUCAUGCAGGAGCACUGGGAAGCGGUCCCACAUCGGGCCACGGUUUAUGCCCUGCUUGUUGAAUCUCGUCGGCUGUGGAGCUGGAACAAGCUCUUGCCCUUGGAAUCUGAGGAUAUUCUCCCCCCACCUGAAAUGGAAAGCUGCCCCGGGGCCCCAUCUGUAUGUGAUGUCCAAUUGAGCCAGCUGUCUCCAGGUGACUUCAAAUCUCUCAGCAACGUUCUGCCUAUUUUCCGGGUGGAUUUUAGCCAGCAAGUCAGCAGCUCUGCAGCCUCUCACCCUAUACACUUCUCUGCUCCAGCUAAUGGGAAGGCCCAGGUUGUCCUGUCCUGGUGGGACAUUGACAUGGACCCUGAAGGAACCAUCAUCUGCAGCAUGAAGCCAAGCUGGACAUAUACAACUUCUCAGCCAGUUCCUUGGAGGGAUCACUGGAUGCAGUGUGUCUACUUUUUGCCUGAGGAGUUUCCAGUGUCGGAGGGGGAGGAGCUAUGUCUGACCGCUCAUCAAGAUGACUAUUGUGUGUGGUACAGCCUCAUGACAGACAGUACAGAGCAGCAGAGUCAGAAGCUGGAGCGUCCUGCGUGCCACUGUGGUGCGCACAUCACAUGGAACAGGCCACGGUUUGGGGAGAUGAAUGAUCACAACAGAAUCCAACUGUACAAAGAAGCGCUGAAGAAGGUUGUGACCCCAGGCUGUGUCUGUCUGUGUGUGAGUGAUGGCAGUUUUCUUCCUUUCCUGGCACACUCUUCUGGAGCAGCUCAGGUCUACACUAUUGAGUCUUCUUCUAUGUCCCAGCAUCUAAUGGAGAAGCUUUUCAAAACCAACCAACUAGAAGACAAAAUUAAAGUUCUUCAGAAAGCUCCAGACAGCCUGGCUGAGUUAGACCUCAAUGGCAGAAAGAUCUCUGCUCUGAUUGGAGAACCCUUCUUCACAACGAGCCUCCUCCCAUGGCACAACCUUUACUUCUGGUAUACCCGCACGGCCCUUGCUGCCCACCUCACCAAUGACUGUACCAUUUCCCCUCUCUCUGCAUCCCUCUAUGUACUGGCUGUUGAGUUUAAGGAUCUUUGGAGGAUCAGAAGUCCAUGUGGGACCUGCGAGGGAUUUGAUGUCAGCAUCAUGGAUGAUAUGAUUAAGAAUUCUCUAAACUUUCGUGAAUCUCAUGAGGCUGAACCACACCCACUCUGGGAAUACCCCUGUCGGGCUUUGUCAGACCCAAUUAUGGUCAUGACGUUUGACUUCAGGGAACCUGUCCCGGCAGAGGAGAUGAGGUCAGAAGGUAGUCUGAAUCUGGUGAGACAGGGUCAGUGUCAUGGGACAGUCCUGUGGAUGGAGUACCAACUCACUGAGGAAUUCACUGUCAGUACCGGGCUGCUGCAGGUCUCACAUGAGCGGGGUGACUGCCAGUGGUAUCCGCACCGCAAGCAAGGAGUCUAUUUCUUCACUUCUCCCUUGGAUCCCGCAACUGAUCUGACACAAAGCCCGAGCUCUGUUACUUAUUCUCUAACUUUUAGCCCUAAGGAGGGCGAAAUCCGCAUGUGCUUCACAUCUGUUUCUUAACAGUGACCCAUCCAGUUGACUUUCUAUUGUUCUCAAUGCAUAUUGUCUUCCCCUUAAGAUUCUCACCUUCUCUACCUACUUUCUUACUUUUAUUUCUCUCUUUGCUCAACACUUUUUUCUCAUAUCAGUUUCUCCCAUUGAUCCUCCUUCAUUUCAGAUUUUUUCCCUCUCCUUGUUUUUUCCCCUCCUCCUCAUAUUCUAUCACCUAUGCUCUCUUUGUUACAGACCCUCUCUAAGCCACCCCCUUCAUUGGCACUUUUCUCCUCCACUAAGUCAUUUAUGGAUAAUUCCCACUUUGUUUUAGUAAAUCCACCUGUGCUUUCUACAAGUCACUCUA